AUGAGUGAUCCAAUAUGUCAAUUAAUGGACGAUAUUGAAGGAUUAUGUAAACGUUGUUAUCAUCUUCAAAAAUCGAAUAAUGAAAUGUAUGAUUAUAUAAAAGAAGAUAAACAAUUACAAGAAUAUAUUGAUGAAAAUGAGAAAAUUAUUGAAAAAUAUCAUCGAAAAAUAAAUGAAAUCUUUCAAUUCAUAAAAGAUAAUAAUAAUCAACAAGGUGAAAUACAUUGGUCACCUAUUGCGAUUGAUUAUAAAAAAAUGGAAGAAGAAGAAAAAAGAUUAUGUGAUGAAAAGAAAAAGAAAUUAGUAGGAAAUUCAACGGAUCAUGAACAAGUUAUAUCUGAUGAUAAAGGCGCAUAUUUGUAG